AUGCCGAUUGACUGCAAAGUAACUUUGAUUCUGUUUGCGCCGGAGCCAAUGUACGGCAUUGUACAUAUCAGAAUCGCUCUCGCGCAGGGCCCAAUGCUUAACUUUGAUUCUGAUUGCGCCGGAGCCAAUGUACGGCAUUGUACAUAUCAGAAUCGCUCUCGCGCAGGGACCCAAUGCUUAACUUUGAUUCUGAUUGCGCCGGAGCCAAUGUACGGCGUUGUACAUAUCAGAAUCGCUCCCGCGCAGGGAUCCAAUGCUCGGCUGUUUAGUGUUUACCAUGGUCACUUUUUUGUUGCAAAUCAUACAACGAGAAGGAAUGCCGAUUGGCUGCAAAGUAACUUUGAUUCUGGUUGCGCCGGAGCCAAUGAAAUUCAAAUAACUGGCAAGAAACGUUAUAUCGAAGAAGCUAAGAAAAGGCUUAGAGCGCUGGAAAAUAUUGCGCUUCGCCGUCGUAGACAUCUUGGAAUGUCGCUCUUACAUUAUCCUGACAAGACGGUCCGGUUUAAUGCUAGUUUCGUUCCACUUACUAAGCACGACUAUUUCAAAAACGUUGUUAGGAGAAAAAAAGCCUUUAUCUUAGGAGCAGCCUCCAAAAUGGAAACAUCUACUCAAUCAUCGGCAUCUAAUUUUCAGUCAUCAGCAUCUCUUCGUCAAUCAUCGGUAUCUAAUUUUCAGUCAUCGGCAUCUCUUCGUCAAUCAUCGACAUCUAGUCUUCAGUCAUCAGCAUUUCGUCAUCUCCUCAAUCGUCGUCCACGUAUUGAAGCGGGGAUCCGUCUAACAGACGAGGAAAAGUUGGCUCGGAAACAGGACAAGAAACAACAGCUAGCUAAAAUGAGAAAAAUGAGAGCUCUUGGCAUAACUAAUGAUGGAAAUGGUGCUGUAUUCGGUAGUUCCAGACGACUGCCCGAUGACAACACUUUCGACGACCAAGAUCACAGCUGA